GGAAAGAAUAAAGCAAUAAGUCGAUGGCUUCUGAAAACUUGCUCCAUGAAGCCAUGGAAGGAGAUUGCCAGGAUAAAGGGAGAUGAGGUGCAGAGCAAUGAGAGUCACUUUCAGAUGCUGGGCGGUGGGACCCUGCUGAUCCGAUCGGUGGGCAUUGAGGAUCAAGGACUGUUCAAAUGCGGAGUGGUGGAGGAAGGAUUGGAGACCUUCUCGGUGACCAAUGUCUCGGUCUUCAAAUCGCCUAUCCAGCCUCAGCUGACAAAAAGCUACUUGACUUCUACUGUAGGAAGACAUUCCGAGAUUGGGAAGUGUGUCGCAAAGGAUGGCUAUCCUGUCGGUAACAUUACCUGGUAUAAAAAUGGCAAAGUGAUGUUUGCCAAUGGAAACGAGACCCAGAACAAACUUCACAUCCUGAAGAAUCAGAACACUGGACUUUACACAAUCGAGUCGACACUGUAUCAUACAGUGAUCAAGGCUGAUAUGAAAGCCAAAUUCUUCUGUGAAGUGGUUUAUCCUUUCAAAGAAGGAAAUGCCACACAGAGAUCUGAACCCGUCACCAUAGACGUGCAUUACCCAGUGGAGUCGGUCACGAUUGAGGUGGAGCCGCCCGCUGGUACGAUCAGAGAGGGCGAUACCGUCACUCUGAACUGCAUGGCUGACACCAACCCUUCACCAGCAGAAUACCUCUGGGAGAAAGACGGGAAGCCCCUCAAAGGUGAGGGGUAUUUAACACGAGGGGAUCUCAGUAACCUGUACACCCUCCCCACCGUGACAAAGGAGGAUGAAGGGGAAUACACGUGCACUGUCUACGAUUUCAACUACAACACCAAGUCAGCUGUCAGAUUCAUCCGCGUGAAAGCAGCAAAAGAAAACAACAGGUUCGACGAAGGAGAAGUGUUUCCAGCGAUUGCCAAAGAGAGUCAUUCUGCAGAUCGUCAUGGGGAGUCCAAAGCCCUGAAUAGGGAUGCCAUGAUUAUUGGAAUCCUGGUGACAUUAAUGGUCGUGGCUUUCUUAACCAGUGUCGCAUAUUACCUGUGCUACUAUAGGAAGAAGACGGAGAAGUAAGUCAACGUUACAUAUUUAUCCCGCAGUGA